UGAGAAUUACGAAAUGAUCUUUCUUUAGAUAGGUAGGUGGUGAAUAUUAUUAGGAUGUACAUCCUCUUAUUCUGAAUCCUUUCAGAUUUGUUAUUUUUUUAAAUCAUAAUCGAGUACAAGCUUGUCGUUAGCCGCAAUUCGUCUCCAUAUAGCAACGUCCAUCUAUCUUGAGAACGUUGGCGGUUAUCUAUUGAUUCUUCAUUGUUCACCUCUUGAUCAUCUGGAGUAUCCCUUCUUCUAACAACCAGAUCGUCUACUUCUAGCUAGCGAUUUAUUAAAUUAACCGCGAAAUCCGACAAUUACCAUUCAUCUACAUUUGUCUCGUCAAUCAUCUCAUCUUAACACAACAGAACUCAAAUCAUGGCAGCCAAAGUAUACCUCCCCUCCCUUCUCCCCCUUCUCUCCCCUCUCUUACCCUUCCUCCUCAUACACAAACCCCAAGCUCCAACUUCAACCUAAAACUAAAACUAACACCCACAGUACCUCUCAGCCGCCAACGCCGCAGCCUUAGAUUUAGAUCUCAUGUCCAUGGGAGCCUUUUCCCUCGACCAAUUAAUGGAAUUGGCGGGAUUGAGCGUUUCGCAAGUUGGUAUGAUUGUUUGUCUUAUUUUGUGUUUUGUGUGUUUCAUCCUUUCGAGGUUGUUUUUUGUGAUGGGUUUCGAUGGCUUUUCUAUUUUUCAAGACGUAGGGAGGGUUACAAUGAGAGGACAGGAGGAAGAAGGGGGACGGGAGAAGAGGGAGUGGAAGAAGUAUGUUCAUAUUAGUGUAUGAAGUAUAUCUUCCCUUGAUUUACUAGCCACCCAAAGUGAUAUUCAAGCACUCACUCGACAGCUAUAAUUCCUAACUUGUACUUCUAUUCCAUCCUAACCAUUUCCAUUCACCAAGAUACCCCCCCUCAACAUAUAAGACUUACAGCAUCAAAAAACUUAACUGACACCCCCCUAAAAUCAGUCUACAAAGUCCACCCACCCUCCAAAGGUCGUCGAAUCCUAGUAGCAUGUGGACCUGGAAACAACGGUAAGGUUUUACAUCCAUUUGCCUUUUCCCUCCACUCUACCCCAACCUUCCGAGUCCCAUCCCAAGAGAAAGUACAAAGUACUAACCUCAAAACCAGGAGGCGAUGGUCUAGUAGCAGCCCGUCACCUCUGGCACUACGGCUAUAAACCCACAAUCUACUAUCCGAAGCCGGGAAAAAAUGAACUUUACCAAGUAUACAUUUCUUUCUUCAGCUUUUCUCUUCUCGUCUCGUCUUUCUUUUCCCAUGUGCAUAAGCAACAUGAUAUCCGAAAUCUCAGUAUCUAUAUCUACAUCUAGUUCUAUGUAUCUAUGAAUUUACAGAUAUUAACAACUCAUACCAGCGUCUUUCGACUCAACUCCGCAAUCUCUCAAUUCCAUUUACCAAUGAUUUUUCAUCUGCGAUUAAAGACUGUGAUCACAUAGUCGAUGCAAUAUUCGGUAUGUAAUUCUGUUCUUCCUUCUUCUUCCCCGUUCCCCGUCCCCCGUCCUCCCGUCUCCCUCACCAUCCCAUCCCUCAUCCCUCAUCCCCCAUACACCCCAAUAAACUAACACCCCACCCCUUCCCCAGGAUUCUCCUUCACCACCCCCAUCCGCGACCCCUUCAGCCCAAUAAUCACCGCCCUAGAAACAACCUCCCUCCCAAUAACAUCCAUCGACGCACCCUCCUCAUGGGAUAUCUCCAACGGGCCUCCUCCUUCCGGGCCCGGUGCAAACUUCAUGCCGCAGUAUCUAAUCAGUUUGACUGCGCCUAAACCACUCGUUCGAUAUUUUAAAGGAAGACAUUUUUUGGGUGGGAGGUAUGUGGUUUUCUUUUUCUUUUCUUUUUUCUUUCUUUACAUCUUUCUCCUUUGAUGGAUUUGGUUCGAUAUAUAUUUAUUUGUACAGAGAGAGAUAAUAUAAUAUAUUAUAUUAAACUAAUGUCACCGUCUAGAUUUGUAACUCCGGAAAUUCAUCAAAAAUAUGAUCUUCAACUUCCAGAAUACGAGGGAGUAAAUCAAAUUGUCGAGAUGCCUAUUGAAGAAACUGAGGAGAAAUUGUGAUGAAGUAUUUUACGCUUAACGGAUUGAUAUGAUGAAGGAACUACAGCAGCGAGAAAUAUCAUUUUUCGGAAAUUGAAUGCAUUUU